GCACGGGACAUGAGAGAACAUACAGCACGGCCUCCAUUUAUGAGCAGUUGCAGUCUAUCCAAGCUAUUCAUUGAUGACACAGUAUUAUUUAUUUUGUCAUGUUAUUUGUAAGUGACAGUUUGUGUGUGGAAUGAUACUGCUCACAUGCAGGCUGUUUGAUUGGAUUUACACUCGCUGCAGAACGCGGUCUCAGCCAAUCAGCAUCCAGGAUUUGAAACAGCCCAUUUUAUGAAAUGUGUGCUCCUGGGCCUUGAUGCUGCAGUCCUGCUGGACGCGCGCAGACUUUUGGAAUUCACUGCAUGUUGCUGUGUGAGGGAAAGGGCUGGAGAAUCGAUUAGUGACGCCUCUCGGUUAAACGCACGCUCUCCCCCUCCACCUCGCAGGCACCCUCGUGACGCUGGAGUCCCGGGAGCCCCCGGAGACGCGGUUGCCAGGCGCCUGCAGCCCUGGCGCCGGCCUGGCCCCGCCCCCGUCGCCGGGGGACACGCCCAGCUCGCUGCAGCUGGCCGAAUCCUUCCCGUUCAUGAGCCAGGAGCAGCUGCUGCAGCUGCUGUCCACCCACUCCGGCCUGCCCUCCCUGUUGGCCCCGCCCUUCCUGGGCUCCCUGCCCAUCGGCCUGUGGAUGGGGGGCGGGCAGAGCCAGGCCCCGCCCCAGACCCCGCCCCCGGCUCCGCCCCCGCAGGCCGGGCUGCUGAACCACGCCUCCCAGCUGAACAUCCUGCCCGGCAUGCUGGGUGCUCAGGGAGACCUGCCCGUCAGCCUCCUGGGGCUCCUGAACGCCCCGCCCCCCGGCCCCGGCCCCGCCCCGGAGCUGGGGGAGAAGCCGGGGGCCCUGCAGGCGCUGCUCACCGCCUCCCUCCUGCUGGGCCAGCAGCAGGCCGCCCUGCUGCCGCUGGCGGGGCUGGGCCAGCCGCUGGACCUCCUCCUGCAGCAGCAGCCCUUCCCCGCCCCCCUGCCGGAGGGCGUGGCCCUGGAGAAGGCCCCCGCGGGGCUGGGGGGGCCGGCCGACUCGGGCCCCGGGCUCCUGGAGGCCCUGCAGUCGCUCCUGCUCCCCCCGCCCCCCGCCUUCCUGUCCCUAAGCCCCGCCCUGCUCGCCGCCACGCUCGGCCUCCCCGACACGCCCGCUUCCCAGCAGCCCCUAACCCCCCAUCCCCCGUCAGCCCCUACUCAGGUGACCCUCUCCAGUCCCGCUCUGGGCUCUACCUCUGUGUCCUGCGCCUCUCUGAUCCCCAGCCCCGCCCCCGACGUGGCCGACGCCCUGACCACCUUGUCAGGCCAGGGCAAAGCCAACGCCCUGCCUCCCCACCUCUUACCCCCCCUGCUGGGCCCUGGGGUUCUAGGAGACCUGGCGGCGCUGGGCAACAUGGGCGGCCUCCACGGCAUGAUGGGGGCCGGACCUCUGCUGCUGCCCCCUAUGCAAGCCCCCGGGCUGGGCAUGCCUCUACUCCAGGCCCAGGCUGCGGGCCUAAACCCUCUGGCCUGCCUGCUGAACAACCUGCAGUUGAACAUGGGCCCCGCCCUCUCCAUGGGUGGGGAGAAGCCAAUAGGAAUGCAGGAAGCGACCAGCCCCGCCCCUCAGGACAACAUUUCAGCCAAUCAGCUGGCGCCGGAGCCCGUGCCGAACCCCAGCCACGCCUUAGGGCCCCAGCCGCAGCGUGAGGGGGCCCCCGGGGGCCUCCUGGACCCCUACAGCUCCUUCAUGGACACCAUCUACACCUCCUUCCUCCAGGUCAGCGGGCGGUCCCCCGAGGGGGCGGAGCCUACCCCAGCCCCGCCCCCCUCCUUCCCCGGGGAGCCGCCCCAGAACAGUGCCCCGCCCUCGCUCAGCCCCCGCCGGGCCUGCUCCCUGCGGAACCCCGACCUGUCCCGCCUCGGCAUGGAGGCGGCCCAGUCGCCCGCCCGGGGCACCCCCAAACUGAGCGAGGACAGCUCCUCCACGCCCCCGCCCCUGAGCCAGCGCAGCGAGCCCCCGGCCCCGCCCGCUUUCCCCGAGGAGGCCAAGACGGACUGCGGCUCCGCCCACCCCUACAGCAACGGGCUGCCGUCCGAGGGGGAGGGGCAGGGGCAGGGGGAGGGGCCACAGGGCUACCACGGGCCCCCGGAGGGAGUCAACGGCACAGAGAACCACAUGGGGCCCCAGGACACGCAGGGAGAGAGGGGACCCACCGUCAGACCUGGGGGAGCCAGGAGGGGCAGGAAGAGAAAGCAAGUGUUGCCAAGGGAACCAGAUGUCUCCAGGGAGAUGGAUACAGGUGUUUCAGAGGAGCCCAUGGCCACGAUGGUGCUACAGAAGCCGGAGAGAUCGGUGAAAAGCAAGAGGAGGAGGGUGUUCAGAUAGCGGCCAUCUUUGAACCCUGUCGACACCAGCGCUACGGCAGCCCUUCCCACAGUCCCUCCCCUCUCCAUUCAUUACGAAUCUGAGCCCCAGAGGGUCACUGAGCCCUGGACACUCUCUAGAUGUUCCCGUGACAACCCGCCGUCCGCAGCGCCGCGCUUCUCAUCCCCAGGGGCAUUUACCCGGCCCUCCAGUAACCCUGGACCUUCUCAGCGUUAGAAUAUCGCCAAUGUGUGCAUUAGACUUGAAUUCAAAGAAAGCAUUAGUGCGUUUUGUGUGUGCGCGAGUGCGUGUGCUUGUGUGCCUGUGUGUUUUCAGGUUUAGGUCCCCCCACGCUGUGCCCUGUGUGAGCUGUGUGGUUUACUGAGGCUGGCUGCAGUCCAAUCCGACAAGCAGGAGCGUCCAUCGCGCCUAAUGGGGAUUUGCUGCCACCUACUGGCCAACCGCAUAACGACACAUAAAUAAAUAUUCACGAGUUAGCAGGAAAUGGGGGUGUACAGGGAGGGAGGGUCUGGCUUGGGGGGUGGGGGUGUUCAGUCCUGGAAGGGCCUCAGUGUCUGCUGCUUUUCAGCACUUGUGUGUUUUACUUCCUCGUUGAAGACGAGCCUGGUUUCCAAGGUCUGUAUCGGCCGUUUGAAAGGAAACC